AUGCACCUGCGUCAACGGCCAUUAGGGCUUUCCAAGGUCCCAUUCCGAAACGCCAGAAUCCAGGAUACUACGUAUAAAUUCUAUUGCCUCGACGAGUUACUGCAUGAGACCGGCCCAGUCGACGACACGAACAAGAAUCCCAGAAUGGAGGUGUCUGCCAUCACAGUCUUCCUUUCCUUCGUGCUCCUCGCCAAUGUCCAGGGCGAGGAGGAGGUUGGAGUUCGGGGCUCAUUCUUAUCUUCGAUGAAGUCGAUGCCGGAGAAUCGGCAGACUCCGUCGUGCGGUACCACUCUGAGCCUUGCAUCGGGAACGUCGUUUCCGCUCAUCAGUCAGAACUAUCCUCAAAACUACCCAUUCCUAUCCAUUUGCAACUGGAAGUUCACUUGCCCCACAGCGAUGACGCUUCAGUGCUCCGCUUUCCAACUUCCGUCCACCAACCAAUGUCGGGAGUCAGCCUUCAUCUAUAAUGGAAAUUGGGUGUGUGGAGCAGCAACUAAUUUUAAAAGUCCGGUGAAUGUUGGGACGUCUCUGGACGUGAUCCUUUAUGCUAUACGAACGAACGGACCGGGAUUCAAAUGCACUGUUACUUGUGAUUGCGGGCUCUCUCGCAGCAGCAAGAGGACCGAUCUGCACCUGGCGGCCCGCUCGGCGGCAAAACUAACGAAGGCGGAUCUGGAUCGAAUCAUCGGUGGAACUCCCGUUCCCAAUCAGGGAAAAUAUCCCUGGAUGGCAUGGAUGGGGAGUGGCCCAGGGGUGUUCAACUGCGGAGGAGCCCUCAUCAACGAUCGAUAUGUGCUCACCGCUGCUCACUGCAUCGGCUCGAACAACUCAACAACGACCUUCUACGUGAACCUGGGUGAUCUGGACAGAUCGACCACGACCGAGAGCGUGUCCAUACAAAUUCCAGCGAAGGCCAUCGUCUAUCCGACAUGGAAUCCAAAUGUUUUCUACCGGAAUGACAUCGCCCUGCUGAAACUUCAGACUCCGGUUGACUUCCAGAAAUAUCCACACAUCCGUCCCGUGUGUCUCUCUUCCAGCAUUUUCCCUGCAGCGGGAGCGACAGUCGCGAUCGUUGGAUGGGGCCGUCUGGCCUAUGGUGGAAACCUCCCAACAACUCUGAUGGAAACGACCGUGAAAGUCUUGAAUGAUACGACCUGUCGAUCUUAUUGGGGUUCGGUGGUCGAUAAUAACAUCAUCUGCGCGCAGGAGAACGCCAAGAACACCUGCAACGGUGACUCUGGAGGACCGUUGCUGUACAAAGCGCCGGCCGGAUAUUACUUGGAGGUCGGAAUCACGUCGUUUGGAAGCAAUUGCGACGUGCAGUUUGGCGGCGGGUUCACCAAAGCAGGAAGUGAGGAGGGAAUUCCGUCUGCUCUCCGGUUGUGA